AUGAUCAGUCUAAGUGACUUAAUCACAGUACUACCCAUAUUUUUGCUUCAUUUUUGCUUUUUUGGCAUAGCAAAGGGUGAUAUUCAUUGUCCAAAAAUGCCAUCUGGAGUUGAUUUGUAUUGUGCAACUGCUUGUUGCAUUAGCAACGAGGGAAUUGGGCAUGGUUAUUACUGCUGCGACAGUCCAAAUGGGAUGUCGCCGACUACUCGUGUUGAACGCUUUGUGGCAGCAUAUUCUCCGGGCACCUUUCAGAUUGAUUAUACACUGUUGGUGUUGGGUCUGAUUAUUUCUAUUAUACUAUCAGUAUUAUUGUCGUUCUUCUGUUGCUUGCUAUGUAAUGGUUGUUGGCUUCAUAGGCGCAGGAAUCCACACAUGUACGAAAAUGUGAAUGAUGAUGGAUUUUAUCCCAUCUGUUGUGGUUUUGGGAUACCUAUGGGGACGGUUGUCUUCAGUACACAUCCACCUCAGUUUAGAGGAGAUGAAAUGUAUGGAGGAUCAUCACUUAGCGGUGCAAGUCGAGGACGCGUUCGUUUUAAUGAGGAUGGAACGCCGAGGGGCGUGCUUAAGAACGGGAACGGAAAUGAAACUUUUACACAACAUUGA